CUCAACCCAGCAGUGUUGACAAUAGGGUGAAAAGAAACAGCCCCGAAUCAUAAACGAGCUAAGGAAAUAUCCAAAAUCCAGGGGUUUGGGGUAGACAAGCAAUUGAAUCAGUAUCAGGAAUGUAAUUGCGUUAACCUAAUCGUUGUAAAUAGCCGUAUUUUGUCAUUAAUGGGAGUUUGAGGAUUAUUCCGUUGGAAGGAAAAGGUACUCGUGGGUUUGGCUGUUUCAGGCCAAAUUUUCCUGCUGUUCCGCCGCUGCUUGGGAAAGGCUGUUUGCACCGAGCUGGAGGUAGCCUAACAGUUAGCCCGAUAGAUUUCCAAACAUAGGAUAACUCUUCGCCGCCGUCUCCGUUGCGAACCGCAAAGGAUCAAGGUAAAGUACUACAAUUGGAGGGCUAACAGCCACUCGGUCGGCUGCAGCUUGUCGGGCUCGGCUCGGGACUCGGGACGGUGUGUGUUUCCCAACCCAGUCGGUCUGUCAGUCUUUGAGCGCUAGCUUACGGUAGCAGCAUUAGCACUGCCCCUGUAUUUACAUCUGGGAUGAUGGGUGAUCGCCCAAGCCCGCCCAGCAGGGCUAUGUCCUCGACAGCCACCACGUCUCCAUCUGUGGACAAAGUGGACGGAUUUUCCCGGAAGUCUGUCAGGAAGGCCAAGCAGAAGCGGUCGCAGAGCUCGUCCCAGUUCCGCUCUCAGGGCAAACCCAUAGAGCUCACUCCCUUGCCGCUGCUCAAGGAAGUGCCAGCGCCGGAGCAGCCGGAGCUGUUCCUGAAGAAGCUGCAGCAGUGCUGUACUGUCUUUGACUUCAUGGACACGCUGUCGGACCUCAAGAUGAAGGAGUACAAGCGCUCCACGCUCAACGAGCUGGUGGACUACGUGACCGUCAGCCGGGGCUACCUGACAGAGCAGGCCUACCCCGAGGUCGUCAAAAUGGUGUCUCACAACAUAUUCCGGACCCUUCCGCCCAGUGACAGUAAUGAGUUUGACCCCGAGGAAGACGAGCCCACACUUGAGGCCUCCUGGCCACACUUACAGUUGGUAUAUGAGUUCUUCAUCCGAUUCUUGGAGAGUCAGGAAUUCCAGCCCAGCAUUGCCAAAAAGUACAUAGACCAGAAGUUUGUCCUACAGCUCUUGGACUUGUUUGACAGCGAGGAUCCUCGGGAGAGAGACUACCUGAAGACAGUCUUGCAUAGAAUCUACGGCAAAUUCCUGGGGCUGAGGGCUUUUAUACGAAAACAGAUCAAUAAUAUUUUUCUACGUUUUGUUUAUGAGACGGAGCACUUCAACGGGGUGGCUGAGUUGCUGGAGAUCCUCGGAAGUAUAAUCAAUGGUUUCGCUCUGCCACUGAAAUCAGAGCAUAAACAGUUUCUGGUCAAAGUGUUGAUCCCCCUCCACACUGUCAGGAGUCUGUCCCUCUUCCACGCACAGUUGGCGUAUUGCAUUGUACAGUUCCUAGAGAAAGACCCAACAUUAACAGAAUCAGUCAUCAGAGGAUUACUGAAGUUCUGGCCAAAAACCUGCAGUCAAAAAGAGGUGAUGUUUCUAGGGGAGUUGGAGGAAAUCCUGGACGUCAUCGAACCAACACAGUUUGUGAAGAUCCAGGAGCCGCUCUUCAAACAGAUCUCCAGAUGUGUCUCCAGCCCACACUUCCAGGUUGCAGAGAGAGCUCUGUACUACUGGAACAACGAGUACAUCAUGAGUCUGAUUGAGGAGAACUCCAGCGUCAUCCUGCCCAUCAUGUUCGCCAGCCUCUACAGGAUCUCCAAAGAGCACUGGAACCCGGCGAUCGUGGCAUUGGUGUACAACGUACUGAAGGCCUUCAUGGAGAUGAACAGUACCUUAUUCGAUGAACUUACAGCCACUUACAAGUCAGACCGCCAGCGUGAGAAGAAGAAGGAGAAGGAGCGGGAGGAGCUCUGGAAGAAGCUGGAGGACUUGGAGCUGAAGCGGGGCCUUAAGAGUGACGGCAUCAUCCCAACUUAACGAAGACAGCGCCGCGCUCCCCUCUGCCCCUCCCCCUCUCCCAAUACUCUCCCCUUGUGACUUCCCCUCCCCUCCAUCCUUACCCUGAGUCCCUCCCCUUCCACAUCAGCCAUGUCUGCUCAGAGCUCUGAGAAAAUCCCCGAUUCAGGCCAUCGUCUGUGGAUCGACACGGAGCGCCCGCUGGUUUCUUAAUUGUUUUUUUUUUUUUCUUAUGUUUUUUUUUUCUCCUGUGUUUGUGCGACUUACUUUACAGUAGAUUCAUCACGUCUGUUUUCAUUAUUUCAACAGCACUGUAAAUAAUUAUUUUUUCUUUUUUUCCCUUAAGCUGAUAUUAUUGCAAACGGAAAAACAAAACAAUAAUAAUAAAAAAAAGGAAGAAAAAAAUAGAAAAUGAGAAAAUGACUUGUGUGGGAGGGGAAUUUAAACAAAAAAAAAACUUUUGGACUGUAGGACAUGAAAUGAACUCUUGGAAAACAAAAAAGAGAAGAUAGAUUGAUUUAAACUCUUCAUCCCUUCUCUUCUUCUUCAGUACAGUCCUGUAUGUAAUUUUUAUUUUCCUGCUCCUUCUCUUUGCUUUCCCUCUCGUUGCCUCCAUCUUUCUGUUUCCUCCCUCCCUCCUCUCUAAUGGUGCGUCUGUCAUUUCUGUCCCAGUGUGGGAUGUCCGAACUGAUAAUGGGUCCCCCCUUUCCCUCUGGAAGGUUCCUCCAGGACUUCCCUCGCCUCUCUUUAGCCCUGCCUAUCUUUCACCAUGUUCCUCCUGUUUUAAAUGGGGGAAUAAACUGAUCAAAUCCACAUUUAAAAACAACAACAGGGGCUUUCUUUAUACACACAUGACCAUCUCCUCUCUGAGUGUGUUUACAUGCGACUAAGAUUGAUUCCACAGAGGUUCUUGAACCUUUUUUGGCAGAAUUUUUCUCAUCAGCCGUUCUUUUUUGUAGUUUCACGACCUUUCAGCCCUAAAGAAACACAACUAAUUCCCUCAAGAUCUAUCUGACAGCAACAUUUGCUAACCUGAGUGGUGCAUUUAAGAGCAAAAAAGCAGAUUAGAAAUAGAUGUUUUUGGGUUGUUUGGGUUGUCUUAAAAAUUUAAAGUUGUAACCCUCAUUUGCACUUUGAGCUGCUGCUUCUGCAGAGUCUCUGUGACAAUGCACUUAAUGUCUUAGCUUUAAGAAAAGCCACCAUAUGUCACUAAAAUAAACCUGCAGAGGUGGGAAAAUGUGUCAGAAUGAAAGCUUCAACAUUAAACCGACACAUGCAAUUAUUGCUUCUUGAGAAAAUUAGCUUGAAUAAGAUUUCUGUAAUAAACCGACUACAAUUCAAACAAUUAUCCUGAGGUCAAAAAGGCAUAACAGAUUUGGCCUUAUGGUGCAUAAAUGCUCUUAAACAGUAGGUUUAACCAAUGACCCUUAAAGCUCCAGUGAUGAGUUUUUAGGUCAUAACAAAAACAGACUAAAAAAUAUUUUUUUCCCAAGAAAAUGAACCUGACUCAUCAGUGGUGAGUGUGAUUAUUUUCUUAAAGUUACUUCUAAUGUUUGAAAUUCCUGCCGGGGGGUAGGCGUCAGAUGUAGUGAUUGAAAUCACACUUAAAUAAACUUUAUGUCCAGUUUCUAUGAAAAAAUCACAGUAAGUGAUGCAUUUUAUUGUUGAAUUAAAGGGGAUAUUUUUGUAAAGGAAAGGAUCUGUAAAGAGAUAAAAUGCACCACUUUGGCCACAGGAGAGUUUCUUACAGGAGCUUUAACUAUUAUGUGAAGCCCAUCAUAAGCUCUAUUCACACAUGCACAAAUCUAAUGAAAAUUUUUGGAAUUUUUCUUGAUGAGCUGCUAAUGCAAACGGCAAACUUUCCCCAGAUUUUUCCCUCUCUGACACUGCUCUGUUGCCACACAGAGAAAACUUCUUGCUGUGAGGGACAGGUGUGACCAGGCGACACGGAACAGUUUCAGUGGCAGAGUGCUGGAAUUUUUCUGUAAUUUUCAAGGAGUGCAUGUGUGAAAAAAGCUAUCAACAACGACACUGGUGAAGAGCAGAAAAAUCACCCAGUUAAAAAUUUUUCAGAAGGGCCCGUGUCCACAGCCUCCAUUUCAAAGUGCUUUAUUAAUGCUAGAUUACGAAAGUUGACAUCUGCUUUUAAAAGUCGCAGGGUUUAUUAAAGCUGUCUGUGCUUAAUAUUUUUCUUUACCUAAAGAAAAGGAAAACAGGAAGCAUAGACAUCUUAUCCCAGCAUUUACAGCAGCUGUUGGCUUGGAAACUUUACCCUCAGAAAGACAAGUAUGAACUGUAUUUCUUCCACCAAAGCUGUCCUGCCUCUUAUUUAAGGUAUCUUCCUAAGGGAGAAGUGACGGUGACAAGUGCAGUGCUGUGGAAAAAGUUGAGCCAUUUUCAGCCAAGAGCAAUGCAACAAAAAAAAAAACUGAUGCUGAGAGCACUUUGGGCUGAAAUCGCUGGACUGCAUUGAUUUUUGUACUGAAAAUGAAGUUGUAAAAACAGCUGUGGACUCUUUUACUGUGGUGAAAAUUAAUUGCAGCAGUUAAUAAUUUCAUUAGAUUUUUUAAACACAGAUUUAGUUGCAAAUCCCUCUUGUAUUUUCAGAAUUUGUGGCUAUUGAAUCCUGCUGUGCUUUAGAGUAAAUAACCUUAUAUUGGGCUGCUUUAGCUCCUAUUUAACAUACUUAUAGUCAAGAGUCUGCAUGUAAACACACUCAUUUAUUCUCCUUACAUCCUCUUUCCUCCUCUCUAACAAUACUGGACUACCAUCAUGAAUUGCUCAUCUUUCUGCUUCCUUCAUUCAUCUUUAAUUUUGACCCCUCCCUCCCUCCUUACCUGCCGUACCAGGUAUCCCAGGUAUCAGUCUGGCACUGGUACCCUCUGGCCGUAACGGGGACUUACAAAUAAAAACAAAAAAAGUCUUCAGAGGAGCGCCAAAUAUCUUCCUCCCUUGUUGUGAAAAAGACGAGCGCCCCGCCCCGCCUCACCUCAACUCGCCUCACUUCGCCUCCACUCCUCCCCACCCUCCGCCCACCGGGGGGCGCCGCGUUGACUUCACAGUAUUACAACAACAACAGUGACAAAAAGAAAAGACAACCCUGUACAUUGUUAUUGAAUGCAGUACACUGAUAAUCUUGUAUCUUGUAGUAAUUUAGCCUAUGUUUUUUGCUUAGGAAACUGUGGAGAGGAGUAUCCAGUAUAUAAAGAGGUAUUAUGGAACAAGACUUCCUGGUAUUUAUGAUAGUGUUCCCCCCCUUUUAGUCUGUUUUUUUUUUCUUUUUCUGUCUCUCACUCCUCCCCUCUUCUCUUGGUUUUUAUCUCAUUUUGGAUAUUUUGAUGAAGUUUCUUUUGACCAUUGGAUAUAUUUUUUUUA